AUGGUCAAGCGCCCGCGACUCCCCUUUCGCAUUCCUUUCUUCCGCAUCUUCUACAGCACCACUUACACCACCCUCUUCCUCCUUAUCCUCAUCUUGCUGGCCAUCACUCCGGCAACCCUCAUCUAUACCGCUCUUCGCGCCAGCGCCUAUCAGUAUGUCUUCGAAGUCGGCGGCGUCUAUGUUCUGGUCGUCAUCUUUACCCUCUUCAUCUACUCGAGUCGACUCUACACCAACCGCUCCGUCCUCGCCGCCGUUGGCAAGUCUUGGAUUCCCGUACAGCCCGGCGAGGUCAGCAAGAAUGUUCGCAAGGAGGUCGUCGAGGCCGCGAAUAGAAGCGCUAGGAUUGCUUUCGAAACCAAGCCCAGGAAUCUCCAGUCUGAGCUUUCGCGCAACAAGAAGCAGCACCACGACUUCGACGAUAGCGAGCCCACCACCGUUGGCAACAUAGUCCACAUCGAUCCACAUCAUCCUCCUUGGGGUCGCAUCUCACACGCUGGCUGGUCUUCGCCCUCUCAGCUCGAUGCGAACCUCGCCCCUCACAUUCAAUUUCGCACCGUCGUCAUGGAGCUGCCCAAUCUUAUUGAAGCCCGUGCUGUUUCGCUAGCUCCUCCGCUUAUGAUACAGGAUGCUACCGCUACACCCGACCCACGGGUUGUCAACGUGCUCUCGAGGCAGCCCAUGGCGGAUAUGCGCUCAUACCUAGCCCAAAUCUCUGGCCUCGGCCUCAUUCCACCAGACGUUGGCCAAGAUUUUGUUCAACGCUACGAGCAUGCACGAUUCUCUCCUAUACCCAUCAAUGAGGAUGAAUUCGAAGAUCUCAUGUCGGACUUUGCGACCCUACUCGCCAACAUGAACCAGUUACCACCGAAGGUCAUCGACAUUGCUCAUGCUGGUUCAGUUAUUACCUCCGAAACUUCAAGCUUAUCUUCCAUUUCUUCUCGCAGCGAUAGCAUUUCCUCCUCUAUUGCUGGCUCUGUCUUCCGCGCUCGUACCCCUGGCUCGAGACUACCAUCCUUUUAUACACCACGCGCGUCCAUGUCUNNUGUCGCACGCACACCCUCCCCGAGCACGCGUCGUACAGCUCCAUUCUCAACACCUCGACCACAAACUUCACAGACUGCCAACACUGUCUACCGUACACCAUCCGAACAGACCUUCUCGACUAUGAACUCGGUCCGUAGAACAGCACCGAGCAGUCGACGAGCCAUGGUCGACGGUGAUGGCUCACCUGCAGCUAGUCUCCGUCGACUAGAAAGCUAUGAGAGCGGACAGAGUGUUAUACGGACGCCACUCCCUUCUAGCUCUGCUACGUCCUAUUAUGGAUGA